AUGAUUCCUUUAAAGUUCCAUCUAUUUUUCUGGUUUUUCUGGUUUAAAGGGACAGAAUCUGCCCAACUUUUGGUCGAACCCUCGUUCCUCCUUGUUGAAGAGGAUUGGCCAGUGGGGACCCAUCUUCCUGUAACGCUCUGUCCUAAAAAUGUCAAGAUUCUCUCCGGCGACCCAUCCAACUACUUUAGUGUGGUGAAAAUCAAUGAGACCUGCUCCACUUUGCAGUUGAAUUUGGCUCUGGAUGCUGAUAAGGGGUUGGAGUUGAACUUGGGACCCUAUGGAACCAAAAACUGGAGCACUGCCACUGCGCCACAGGCGCCGACAACAGCUGAAAGUGCGGUGGGCGAUGAUAAGCGGGCGACUUGCGGGUACUUUCUUGGAGAAGCCAAUGGUCAAUUAAUAAUUAAGGAGGAUGCCCCAAUUAGAGGGAAGAGAUGGACAGGGGUGUCAUUAAAUCUAGGAAAAAUCACAAGAUCUUCCUACUUCUUACCAAUAAUCUAUAAUCUCCCAGUUUUCGUGACAACCGUCUUUCGACCUACAGUAAUCCUCGCUGUUGCUCAUCACGGAAAAGAAAACGCCGAUGGAAUACGGGGACAAUCCUUUUCGCUCGUUGUCGCGGGGCCCAAAAAGUCGAGAGCCACAUUGGAAGUGCAGGUCGUGGAUGUUAAUGAUAACGCUCCACAGUUUAUCAACACCCCCAGCACAUUUGAAAUAUCUGAAAAUGCUGAAAUUGGAACGGAACUUUUCAAAAUCCACACUCUGGACCCAGACACUGGUAUUUCAGGGAUUUCUAGGUUUUCGAUUGAGGGAGACGAACAUUUCCAAGUGGACAAGAGAAAAUGCGCCAAUGGAAAAUGCUCUAGCACUCUGCGUCUCUCCAAGCAGCUUGACUAUGAGAGCAAAUCCCUCCACACCUUCAAUAUCACCGUAAAAGACGGAGAUCCACACUCCAACCGGACGCAUACAGUAACCCAUACUGUCACAGUACAGGUUAAAAAUGAAAAUGAUGAGCCACCCAAAUUCCUGACGGAUUUCUCCAAAUUGUUUGAAAUCUCCAAAAAUGCUAAGUCUGGCGAUACUGUAGCUGAAAUUGAGGCUCUAGACGUGGAGAAUUCAGAUGGGCAGGUGGAAUUCGGGAUUUCUGAAAACCCAAAUUUCCAAAUUGAUGCCAAAACUGGAAUAUUGACCCUAAACCAGCUCCCUAGUACAGAAGACGUGCAAAUACUGAAAAUCAAAGCCACGUCAUCGAAAAAUCAAAAAUCCAGAGAAGUGGAAAUGCGACUGAAAGUGUCUGAAAGUGUUCCAGAGAAUAAAGAAGAGCCGAAAAUUGAAAAUCAGGAAAAACCAACUGGCGAGUUCUGUGAAUUCCCAAUCUACGAGGCUCAUCUGGUUCAGGGUACCGGCCAGUUUUCAGCUCCUUUAAGGAUUAAAACCUUGAAAUCUGUGAAUGAGAUAUUUCAGGAAAAGCCUCGCCUAAUUGGUGGCUCUGAAAGUUUCGAUCUGAAAGUUUUGGAUGAUUUUCAUAUGGAAUUAACCAUUAUAGACUCGAAAAAAAUAGCAGCUCAGAAUUUGGAUAAUGCGCAGUUAUUGGUGAAAUCUUUAUCGGGUCAAUGUCGUAUUGUGCUCCGCUCCAUGGCUCCAACUCCGCCCCCAAAAUUGGCUCCGCCCACUCAAAAACUAAAAAUGAUUCCGAAAUUUGAAAAAUCGGAAUACCAGUUUCAAGUGAUGGAAAAUCGAGAGCCAACAGUUUUAGGGGGUGUUAAAGUGAUAAGUGAUGGACCAGUGACUUUUGAGUUGUUGGGAGAAAAUGCCGCGAAAUUUGAAAUUGCUCAAAGUGGAGAAAUUCAAAAUUUGGAGAAAAUCGAUCGGGAGGAAUCGGAAAAGUUCGAAUUGAUAGUCAAAGCGACGGAUCAGAAUGGCGCCUCUGCAAAAGCUCAACUUCAAAUAUCUGUAAAAGACGAAAAUGACAAUUCGCCAAUUUUCGAAAAAUCACAUUAUGUGAUAACGGUGGAUGAGGGGAAAAGUGAGAAACUGAAGAUUAAGGCUACUGAUCUGGACGCCGAGAAGAAUGGCCAAAUUGUGUACUCGAUAGAUCAAAAAAUGGAAAAGCUGCCAAUCGAUAUUUCACCGGAUGGAAUGCUUUUUAUCGGUGCGAUUGAUAGAGAAUCUAUGGAAACGAAUGAAGUGAAUCUGACGGUGACGGCCUCGGAUUCUGGAGAGCCGAAGAGAAGCUCCAGUGUGGUGGUUACCAUUAGGGUUAAGGACAUCAACGAUAACGCUCCAAUAUUCUCAAACUCUCGCUACUCGAUCCCACUAGACGCCAAUAUCUCUCCUGGUGGAGUCAUUGGACGUCUUCAAGCCACCGAUUCUGAUGCCACGUCACCAAACAACUAUGUGACGUAUUCAAGUGCAAAUCCUCAGUUCAAAGUGUCAGAUUCCGGUGAAAUCGUGUUCAUUGGACCCGGAAUUUUGGAUAAAAACGUGAAUUUGGAGUUCAAUGUGACCGCAUCGGAUGGUGGUGAUCCGGAGAAUCAGGCAGUGGCUCAGGUGGUGUUGAAUGAGCAUCGAGCGAUGAAAUCAAUUGAAAACGAGCUGACGACACAGAUCAAUAGUAAUGAUACGGGAGGAGAGAAGUCCGAAAUCAAAUGGCUCAACGCCGGCAUGCCUGGCUACACCUACGAAAUCAUUCAAGCCUCUGCUCAAGGCUUCCCAGAUUCAGAAGUCGCCACGUGGAUAUCCAUCGACGCGAAAUCUGGAAGAAUCCAUACGCUGAAAAAAGUGGACCCAUCAAGAGUGAAACAAAUCAAACUACACAUUUCAAUGAGAAAAGGGAAACGAGAGGUGCCAGUGGAGUUGAUCAUCAAUGUGAUGGAUACCGAUGACGUCACACCGAUCUACAGUAAUCCUACAGUACCCCGAAAGUUUGUGACAAGUGAAUCGGCGACUGUCGGGACUACUGUAGGUGAGGUGCCAGUGGAAGGGGUCAAAUCGACAGAUGACAUGAAAUACACCCUAAAAAUCACAUCCGGACCAAAAGGAAAACUCCAAAUCGAUCGAUUCGGAACAAUUCGAAUUUUGAAAACUUUGAAUUUCGAAACCGAGCGAAAAAUCGAAGGAAUCAUUGAAUCGAAACUUCUGAAAAACUCCAAAACCGCCACGUGUCCAUUCCUACUAACCAUUCAAGAUGCUAACGAUAAUCGACCAAUCUUCAAGAAUUCCUCAAAUUUCGCGGUUUCCAUUCUGGAGAACUCGGUUUUGGGUACGGUACUCGAUCUACCGUAUCCGUUGGCUACCGAUCGAGACAGUAGUAAAUUUGCGUCGUUGAAGUACAGUAUGACUGGAGAUGAGGGAUUCUUUAAGAUUGAUGAGAGCAACUCCACAAUCCGCCUCGUCGCUCCACUGGACUACGAGACCCAACGCGUUCAUUCCCUGAGCAUCAAAUGCGUCGAUAACCAAGGCCAAGAUCCCCACCACGAGGUCUUCGCCUCAAUCACAGUUACAGUAAUCGAUGUGAAUGACAAUGCGCCAGUUAUCCAUAACACUGAUCUCACCCAUUUAUCAAUUGAGGAGGAUGCCCAACCAGGACAAGUGAUCACAGUUCUAGUGGUUUCGGAUUCAGAUGAAGGAGGUGUUCAGAAGACGUCAAUUGAUGCGAAUUCAACACUUUUCCAUGUGGACCAGGAUAAGAAACUGGUUGUUCAAAGCCCGCUUAAAGGACACGCAGGCCAACGAAUCUGCUCUACAGUAACCGCUCGGGACCCAGGGGGACUGACUGCCACGUCACCGUACUGUGUUACAGUAUACCCGGCUAAGAACACUCAUCACAAUCCGUUGGUAGUGUCUCCGAAACAGAAUUCAAUUCACUAUUUCGAUGAGAACAUUGUUUAUGAGGAAUUAUUGAGGGUGAAGGUGUUGGAGGAGGAAGGAGAGCGGGAUAAUGUGAAGUUCCGGUUGGAUGAGAUGUUUAAGAAGGACUGGCAAAUGUUCACCAUCGGUGAGACAAACGGAAGCCUCCGAGCCAAGCAGCCGUUUGAUUUCGAGAAGAAGACGGUUCAUGAGAUUAAGGUGAGUGUUAUUAAAAUUAUCCUCGCUUGCCGUGUGGACAAUUGCACCUCAACACAUCUUUUCAUAUCUGUGAACGAUCGGAAUGAUAACUGCCCAAUGUUCCCCAAACAGGACGUCCGCCUUACUGUCCUAGAAAACGAGAAGGGCAAACGACAAGUGGGUCGGAUUCCAGCCGCCUUGGAUUCAGACUUUCAUUCGGACAACACCAAAGUGUGCUAUACCACUGAUACGCCCAUUUUCUUCUUCGCCGACCCGACACUUCCAGUGCUUUUCACAAAUUCCAGUUUUGACAGAGAACACAAAAAGCAGCAUCAGAUUACGAUCACCGCCUACGACUGUCAUCUUUCGUGUCGAGACCCACACAAGCCAAUCAACGGAACCAUCGUGGCCCUAAUUGAUGUUCUAGAUGUCAACGAUAAUUUCCCAAAGUUCUCUGAGAAAAUCUACACAACUACCGUAGUCCAGGGACACGUCACCAGUGGAAGUCACAUUUUGACAGUACAGGCGACGGAUGCGGACGAGGAGCUGGAGGGAUUGAAGUACAGUAUACGAGGAUUUGUUCGAUCGCCUAGUCAGCUGCUCAAAGACUCCUCCUACUCGUUUACAGUAGUGGUUACCGAUGGUGCCGGACACGAGGAUACUGCAUCGGUUAUGUGUCGUACUGUAUUUUUUGAAAACUCUGAGCAAUUUCAGAUAUCCGUGGUCACAUAUGCUCAGCAGACUGAGCUGGUGUUCGAUGCUCCAUUCGAGUUGAUCAUCAAAAACGAAAAGAAGAUUGCAGAUAAUCUCUCCAACGCGACCGGCCUCCAAACCAUCGUCGACAAAUGUCGCCAAAACUCGAAUUUCACCCUGAUGCUGGUCCAUUUCAUGGAUCGAGAUGGCCAAUUUGUUAACGUGGAUCGUGCUGUGAAUCUUCUGAUGACGUCAUCAGCAGAAUCCAGAAGAGAGCUGAGAAGUGUGUAUGGUCUACGAGAAGCCUUCCCACCGGUCCCCAUUCCUUCAAGAGUGCCUCAGUAUAUAUUGAUCGCCGUUCUUCUCUUCCUGGCUAUCUCCAUCUUCUCCAUGUGUAUUUGGUGUCGUCAGCGGAACAAUUAUGAGCGAAAACUGAGACACAUUUCCGCACAAGCGUCUACCAUAAAUACAGUAACCCUGGGGAGGGGUGGGAAGAAUAUCGGAAACCCCGCCUAUGGAGAAAUCCCAAUUGUGACGUCACGCCAUCAUCACCCUCCACCGGCUCCGCCUCCUCCCACGACGACAUCUGGAGUGAAUCUUCAAUCCACAGAACUAUAA